CACGUGAGGAGCGGCAGGGACAUGGCGCGGGCACCGGCACCGGGACCCGCCCGGGGACCGCGGCAGAGACCGGCACCCAAACGGGGACAGAGACCGGGAUCGGGGCAGAAACAGGGCCGGGGACCAGGACAGGGACAGAAACCGGGACCGGGACAGAAGCCGGGACAGGGACAGAGACCAGGACAGAAACCGGGAGCGGGACAGAAAGCGGGACCGAAAUCGGAACAUGGACAGGCCGUCCCGCGGCGCAGCAGGAAGGAGAGGAAGGUGGACAACAUGAAGCCCAAGCACCCCGAGGAGCAGGAGAUCCCGUUCCGCCUGCGGGAGCUCAUGCAGAGCCGCGAGGCCAUGAAGCGCCUGGGCCCUGGGAAGAGGAGGGCAGCAGAGAAGAAGCAGCAGCAGAAGCCCAAAUCCAAGGGGGCCAUCCCGGUGCCCAAAUCCAAGGGAGCCAUCCCGGUGCCCAGGUUCCGGAGGGGGAAGGGGGAGUCGGAGCACUCCUACAUCUGCCGCAUGGAGCAGGAGGUGCAGCACGUCCUGUUCCUCGCCGAGAACCAGCUCCAGCGGGAGCCUGAGCGGGAGGACACGGCUCCAGAGAAGUCCCAGAGGAAAAAAGAGUUUCAGAGAAAGAAGCUGGAAAAAGCUCGGAAGAAGAAAGAGGAGAAGAAGGAGGACAUGCUGGAGAAGAGCCUGUUCCAAGACACGGUGGCGUUCGGGGAGGUGGUGACACAGCCACCCACCAUCACCUCGCGGCCCCGGGGACAGGGCCCUGCCGAGCAGGCUGGACGGAAGCAGCUCCUCCUGACGCCUCGGCUGGGCCGGAGCCAGGUGUCCCCUGCGUCCCCCGCGUCCCCGGUGAUGUCCAUGGCUCGCUGGCGCAUCCUGGAGGAGGAGCGGGCGCGGGUCAUCCAGGCCUACAGGGACAUCCAGAGGCGGAAACAGCUCCAGCGGGAGCGUUCCCAGGCCGGGCACAGGGCCCCGCACUGAGCCCACCCGCAGAGGCUGCGCUUUGCUGAUCCCUCUGCAGGGACCCCGGGACUCGCAGGGGACAUUGUCGGGAUGCUCUCGUGUUGCUGCCGAGCCCUGGGACACACAGACUGCCCAGAGUGGGGUCUCUGCGGUGCCAUGGACCUACUUGGAGUAAAAAUGCCGGUGGAA